AAUGUUUUAUCAUGGUAGAGGUAUACAUCAACGCAAGCGUACUUAUAUUUCAUCUUGAAGACAUUGAAUAAAAAAAAAAAAUUGUCAUUGAGGACAACAGCGAACAGUCAGUGGUCUCGAAUUGUUAUAACAGCAUGCGCAUCUAUUCCACAAGGCAGUGCUAUAUCGUCGUCAAUCAAUAAUCAAAAAACACACACUUUUACAUAUUUAAUAUUUAUAUAAAUACAUGAAAAAAAUUAUUCAUAUAUAUAUAAAUAAUAAAAAUCACUUCAACUGGAUUUUUUAUUUUCCCAUUUACUCCAUUCAAUUCAACUCUCAAGUGACACUGUGUAUUGUUCUUUUGUACAGAUAUUAUUAAUUGAUUCACAUUAUAAAUUUCCACAUAAAAAGCCAUUUAAUAAUAAUAAAAAAAUUUUUAAUAAUUUUUUUUGUUGUGAUAUGUAUAAUUGUAAAAUAUACAAUUUAUAUUAAAAAGACUGAAAGUGAUGUUUAUGAAUUUAUAUAAUUAUUAUAAUUCACAAUAAAAUAAAUGAAAAAAAAAAAAAAAAAGAAUAUAAACACACGAGACUAGUUAACAAUUCCGGCAUUUUAUAAUUUUUUAUUUUUUUCAAUUAAUAUUAUUAAUUGUGGUGUAAAAUUAAAGAUAUUUUUUUUUUUUAAAAAUGAUAAAAGAAAAUUCACAAAAAACAAAUGAUGAAAAAAGUUAUAUAUUAGAAGCUGCAAGAAAAAAUUUUGAAGAUGGAGGAAGCCUGGGGACCGAUGACUCCUACGACGAUAUGAGACAGCUCGUAAGGGAGGAAACAGAAGACUCGGGAAAAUUUACAAGUCUUCCCUUGGCAAGUUUCAAUUUCAUCAAUUCAAUAAUAGGCAGUGGUGUUAUUGGAAUUCCAUACGCAUUGCAUCAAUCAGGAUUUUUUCUUGGUCUAGUUUUGCUAGUUGUCGUUGCUGUUUUGACUGAUUAUUCAUUGAUCCUGAUGGUUAGAUCAGGACACUUGUGUGGUGAAAUGAGCUAUCAAGGCCUAAUGAGAGCAAGUUUUGGUCGUCCAGGAUUUUAUAUUCUAACAUCACUUCAAUUUAUUUAUCCAUUCAUAGCAAUGGUUUCGUACAAUGUCGUUGUUGGUGAUACAGUAACAAAAGUAUUAUUAAGAGUAACUGGAAUGUCACCAGAUAAUAUUUUUGGAAGAAGAGAAUUUGUUAUAUUAUUUGCAACAUUUUGCAUAACAAUUCCACUUUGUCUUUAUAAAAAUGUUGCUAGACUUGCUAAAAUAUCAUUUUUAUCAUUGGUAUGUGUUGGAUUUAUUUUACUUGCAAUAUUUAUCAGAAUGAAUAACAUGACAGAAAUUUUACCAAGCAAAGAUGAUUGGAGUUUUGUAUCAAUACGUGGUGUUGUACCGUCAAUUGGAAUAAUGGCAUUUGCAUUUAUGUGUCAUCAUAAUACAUUUUUAAUUUAUGGAUCAAUUGAACGUGCAACACAAGAAAAAUGGGAUAUUGUAACACACUGGUCAUUAUUUACAUCAUUUUUAGUUGCAUCUGCAUUUGGUAUUGCUGGAUAUGCAACAUUUAAAUCACAUGUACAAGGUGAUCUCAUGGAAAAUUAUUGUUGGGAUGAUGAUCUUAUGAAUUUUUCAAGAGUUAUGUUUAGUGGAACUAUAUUAUUAACAUUUCCAAUUGAAUGUUUUGUCACGAGAGAAGUUAUUUUAACAGCAAUAAAAGGUACAGAUGAAGUUGAAAAUCAUGACAUGUAUAUUGCUGGUUCAGAUCGUCGUCAUUUAUUUAUAACACUGGCAAUUAUUAUAACGGCUUAUUUAAUAUCAAUGACAACUGAUUGUUUGGGUCUUGUGUUAGAAUUAAAUGGCAUACUUGCAGCAGUACCAUUGGCAUAUGUAUUACCAGCACUUUGUUAUUUAAAAUUAGAAGAAGGACCAUUAUUUUCAUCAAAAAAACUUCCAGCUCUUGGUUUAUUUAUUGCUGGUUUGGUUGUUGCAUUGUCUGGUUUAAUGUUAAUAUUAUUUAAUGACAGUGGUGAUACAUCUUGCAAGCAUGGAGUUGACAUGGAAUAUUGUAAUUCAACAGCAACAACAACAAUUAGCUCAAUAUAUUAUCCAAAAACAAUAAUUAAUUCAACGACAUUAAAAAAUUUUAUUACAAGUACAAAAAUUCCUCAAACAACUGACUUGAAAGUUUAAUUUAUAAAAUAUAUAUAUUUAAAAAAUAAUUACAAGCCAAAGCGUAAAUGAAAAAUAAAUUAUUUAUAAUAAUAAUAAGCUGAAUAAAAAUAUAAAUUUUAUUAAUUUUUUCAAUCACAAAAUAGUUUGUGGUUUUCAUUGGCUUCUAAAUAUAAUUAAUAUGUGUGGCUUAUAUCGCUUUAAUAAUAUUUUUAAAAAAUGACUACAAUCAAAAAAUAUUUAUAAAUGAAAGUCUGCAAUUUAUUAUAAACAAAUUAAUUAUUAUUAUUAAAAUAUUAGCAAGCUGACGCACACAACAAUAAAAAAGCAAUUGAAAUGUCUUGCUAUUUCUUCCAAGAAAUACAAUCAAUAUUAUUAUUUUUUUUUUUUUUCAAUAUUUUAUUAUUGAUUAAAGUAAUUUUUUUUAAUUACAAAAGGUUUAUAGAAAGUAUAUUGGUUUGUUUUUUUUAUUUUUUAAUUUGAAAUUGUCUGUGAUUUUUUAAUUUUUUUUUUUAGAUUUUUUUUGUAUUUUAUUAUUGAUGAUAUAAAUUUAUUGAUUAUAAAUUUAAUUAAUUUUGGUAAACAUUAUUUUUUGAAGUGUUUUAAAACGACGAAUCAAAUAUUAGAUGAAAGAAUUUUAAAAAAUGUUAUACUUGAUGUAAUAAAUGUGUAUUAAUAUGAUAAAUAAUUUAAAUGAAAAAAAAAAAAUUUAUGAAUGUAUAUAAAUUUAAAUUUAUCUAUUAAAUGUUACUCUGAUAUUGAAUUUAAAAAAAUUACAAUGUUAGAAAAUGUGUAGUGCAAUUUAUAUAUAUACGAGAUAUAAUUUUUUUGAAAAAAAUAAUUAGUUGAUUAAUAAAAUUGAUGAGAUUAAUGUAAUGCGAAUUUUUUUCGCAAUUUCCUCGACCAUUUUUCACUCUGUGAUAGAUAGUUGUCCAAUCAAUGAAAAAAAAAAAAAAAACAAAAUAAAAA